UUUGGGGGGGGGGUCCUGUUUCCAUCCUGCAUAGUAGGUGGCGGGAUGCACAUUAAAUUGUGUGAUCGCCAAUAUACCAUAGAAGAAUAAGUAGUAGUAGGGGUUAAGGUUAGGGACGUCCUAAGGACCCAGCAUUGCACCGUUUUAGAUAGGACCACCCUCAUCGCAAGUCGUGUGUUGAUCAGACGAGAGAACGCAAUUUUAGAGAAGCUAAUGAAAGUUGUUUUGUGAAACAACUUCAAACGCUAAAAAAGGUUAUACACAUUAUAGCUAGCUAUUAUAAGGCUAAAUACCUUACGGGCUGCUAUUAAUAAUUUCGUUAGCUAGCUAAUACGUUACGUUAGAGCGGAACGGGAGCUUUUUUUUCUUUUCAAACUGUUGUUGGGAAGGUGAAAUUGGGCCAAUUUUAUCCUGAAGGAACGUUAGCUGGCUAGCUCACUGGCUGAUUGAUAAGUUUGCUAGCUAACUGAAUUGUUUCUGCGCACAGAAGAAGCAGACGUUGGGACAAAUCCCUGCGGAGACCAUGUCAGACGACUUUGACAUUGAGGCUAUGCUAGAGGCUCCAUACAGAAAGGAUGAGAGAAAGUCCUCUAGUGCUAACGGACAUGAAGAGCGCAGUAGGAAGAAGAAAAAGAGGAGCCCGAGCUCUGACAAGCGCAGAAGCAAGAGCAAAGACGGGAAGAAGAGCCGUGAUCGGAAGAGGAGCAAGAGUUGGGAGAAGAAACGGAGCUGCAGUAAAGAGCGCCGCCGCAGUGGCUCCCGUAGCAGCGAACAUGCUAUAUGCUACAGAGGACACCGGAGCCCCUUUUUAGGGCUGAAAUUUUAUGGUGGUCCGGGAGGGAAGAUUGGUCCACCACAUGCCAACAAACUAAGUUGGAGACGCUCAAGAAGUCAUAGCCCCUUCAAGAAAGACAAGAGUCCAGUAAGGCAACCAAUUGACAACCUGACCCCAGAGGAGAGGGAUGCCCGUACUGUUUUUUGUAUGCAGCUGGCAGCCAGAAUCAGACCACGAGACCUAGAGGACUUCUUCUCAGCCGUGGGGAAAGUGAGAGACGUGAGGAUGAUCUCCGACAGAAACUCCAGGAGGUCAAAGGGCAUUGCCUACAUUGAGUUUCUGGAAGUGAAUUCAGUCCCGCUGGCUAUUGGCUUGACUGGUCAGAGACUUCUAGGAGUGCCCAUCAUCGUGCAGGCCUCUCAGGCUGAGAAGAACAGAGCUGCAGCAAUGGCCAACAACCUUCAGAAGGGUAAUGCUGGCCCCAUGCGGCUGUAUGUGGGCUCUCUGCACUUCAACAUCACAGAGGAGAUGCUGCGAGGCGUCUUUGACCCUUUCGGAAGGAUUGAGAGCAUACAACUGAUGAAUGACAGUGAAACUGGACGAUCCAAAGGAUAUGGUUUCAUCUCAUUUGCAGAUGCAGAGUGCGCUAAGAAGGCCCUGGAGCAGCUGAAUGGCUUUGAGCUGGCCGGACGGCCCAUGAAGGUUGGUCACGUGACGGAACGCACCGACUCCUCCACCGCCAGCUCCUUCCUGGACAACGACGAGCUGGAGAGGACGGGCAUCGACCUGGGCACCACCGGGCGCCUGCAGCUCAUGGCCCGGCUGGCUGAGGGUACUGGUCUUCAGAUCCCUCCAGCUGCACAGCAGCCUCUACAGAUGAGUGGUUCCAUCCACUCUACUCCAAUCCACUUCAGCAACAUGGCAGCUGGUACAGACAUACAAGCCAGGCUGAACCCACCCCCUGAAGCUCCUGCCACCCCUUCACUGAACCUGGCUCCAAGCAUGAACCAGGCCAUGAACCUCACAACGCAGCCACUGGCUACUCACUGCCUACAGCUGUCCAACAUGUUCAACCCACAGUCGGAAAAUGAACCCGGCUGGGACGUCGAGAUUCAAGAUGACGUCAUUGAGGAGUGCAACAAACACGGUGGAAUUGUCCACAUAUACGUCGACAAGAACUCCCCUCAGGGCAACGUGUACGUAAAAUGCCCCACAAUCCCAACAGCACUGGCUGCAGUGAAUGCGCUACAUGGGCGGUGGUUUGCAGGUAAAAUGAUCACUGCAGCGUACGUACCCCUCCCAACCUACCACAACCUAUUCCCUGAUUCGGUAACGGCCGCCCAGUUAUUGAUGCCUGUGCGGCGAUGAGCCUGCCAUGCAUGGAGUAGAUGUCACAACGCUUGUUGGCUUCAAGAAUGUACAUACUUUUUUGCUAAUAUGUUGGGCUCUUAUUGAACAGAGUAGUGAAUUACUGUACCAGUACACCCUACCUUAAUCUAGAAAUACAAAGGUUUUGAAGGAGAUUUAAAAUGUUUUAUUGUUCAGUCUGACAGCCAUCAGAAGCUUGAGUUCUUCUGUAACCACACAUUUCUGUAGCUGCACUUGAGCAAAUUACGUUGUGUGUUUCAACCUGUAUUGUAAGACUACAGUUGGGGGUUUUGGUGGGGGUAGGGGCGCGCUGGGUACAGAGUUGUUAUACAGAUGUUUUACAGUGGGAAGUGGGAACUGCGUAUAUUUCUGUUGAAACUGACCCCAGAAGAACAACCCAUUUUUGGGACAGCCCAAACAAAUGAACCUGUGACUCAAAUUGCAGUCUGCCCUAUGCUGUCCUCAUCCCAUUACCACAUUUAUAUUGUACAUUUAGUCAGUCAGUUGUGCUUUUAGAAAUGUUCAUUUGCCAUGUACGUUUUUGUCAGUUAAUGUGUUAAAUUAAAAGAACGAUGCCUACAAACAGAUAAUUUUUUUUUACAACUUCAAGGUAUUCAUUGUACCAUUAGAAAUGGUAUUGCUACUAUUUACACCACGGGUAUGGUACUGAUUGAUAAGUCAAUACAUUUAGCAGUACAUAACUGGUCAAUAGAGUUAGACGUUUUGUGCUUGGAACUUCAGAUAAUCUUGACAAUUUUUCUCCAACUCAAUUAGUAUUUGGUAGCAUUGCCUUUAAAUUGUUUAACUUGGGUCAAAUGUUUCGGGUAGCCUUCCACAAGCUUCCCACAAUAAAUUGGGUGACUUUUUGCCUGUUCCU